AUGCCUCCUAUAGCAUCUUCCCAAGCGAUGCCACUAGCAUAUAUAAGAGUACGCGGUCUUGCAACGACGCGGUUGUUCAACCAGUUCAAAAUAGCUGUUAUAGGUACCGGCCCUGGUGGGUUUUACACGGCACAUCAUUUACUCAACAAAUCAAGUGAAGAUAAGCAAAUUCACUUGGAUUUCUUUGAAAAGCUUCCUACGCCGUUUGGAUUGAGCAGGUAUGGUGUUGCUCCAGAUCACCCUGAGGUGAAAAAUUGUGAAGAGUUUAUGACCAAUAUAAUGACUGAUUUCAAAUUUUCUAAUAAACAUCGAGUUAGGUUCAUCGGUAACGUUGAGAUAGGCAAGGACAUUAAGUUGAAAGAAUUGGAGAAAAACUACAAUGCAAUUAUACUAGCGUAUGGGUGUACUUCAGCCGAUAAUAAACUAAACAUUCCCGGAACUGAUCUACCUGGGGUGAUUUCAGCCAGACAGUUUGUUAAUUGGUACAACGGUCAUCCUGAUUGCUACAAUUUUGAAAAUCCAUAUAGACCUCCACCAUUGGACAAAAUUGAAAAUGUUACCAUUGUUGGGAAUGGAAAUGUGGCGUUGGAUGUUGCCCGUAUAUUAUUGGCCGAUCCAAUUCAGCACUGGCAUGCAACCGAUAUCUCUGUUGAAGCAGAAACCUUGUUGGAAAAAAACGCUGUUAAAAAUGUCAACAUUGUGGCAAGGCGAGGUAUACUAGAGUCUGCUUUCUCAAAUAAGGAAAUCAGAGAAUUGUUUGAGUUGAAAGAUGCUAAAUUUGAGCCAUUGGAUGAAGGGUUAUUGGAAAGUUUUGCUACAAAGAAGUUAGGUAGAGUGGAGAAGCGUAGAGUGUCGUUGAUUGAAAAGUACAACAAGCCUAUUAGUCCAAAGGACGAAUCGAAACGUAAGUGGGCGUUGCGGUAUUUACUCUCACCAGUGGAAUUCAUAGCAGGAGAUGAUGGUCUUCUUAAGUCAACGAAAUUUGUCAAAAAUGAGCCAAUUGAUGAUCCGCUCCUUCCAGGGAGAGUCAAAGCUACAGAAGAGUUUGUUGAGAUAAAGAACGAACUCGUUAUAUUAUCAAUUGGAUAUCAAGGAACCUCAAUUGAAGGAUUUGACGAGGAGGAUAUUUGGUUUGAAAACAACAAAUUACACAACCGAGGUGGAAGAGUACUCUCCCGCAAAUCAAAAGGCGAAAACAAAGACAAUCUAACAUACAAGACCGGGUGGUACACUUCGGGGUGGAUAAAGAAUGGACCAAAGGGGGUCAUUGCAGUGACAAUGAUGGAUUCAUUCGACACUGCAAAUAAUAUCUUGGAAGACUUGACAAAUGGUAACUAUAUUAAAGUGGAUGAGAGCAAAGACAUAACAGAGUCUGAUGCUUUCAAGUCGCUUCAAAAUGUUGUUUAUUGGGACGAUUGGGAGAAGUUGAAUGAAUACGAGCUCAAAGAAGGUGAAAAGAUGGACAAGAGUCGUUACAAAGUGUGUAAUAGAAACGACAUGAUAGAAAUUUGUAAAUAA